GAUAACAGCUCAACUUUGGAAAGACCAGGGCGUGCUGACUGUUGUGCUUGCAAGGGUUCCCUUCUCGUGUUCUUGCGAGAAUGCUCUCGCAGCUGCACGUCCGUGGGAAAUCGAUAGCAUGCCGAUGGAGUACAUUACAGCCGCCGGCAAGAGUAGUAGGGGGCGUUGUGCGUCCGGGCGUGGCCAGACGGGUGGUGGCUGAGAGGGCGUCGGGGUUCAGAAGCAGCGACGACGCAGAUACGCUGGCGGCUGUCGCUGCAGCAAGCCGACAGAGGGUGCAGCGGAGCGCUGCGUUCGACCAUGACGACGACGUUUUCGGCGUUGACGCGGCGGCGACGCGCGACCGCACCGCCUCCGCCUCCACGUCUGGCCACGACCACCCAGCUUCCGGAGCUCGCCGCGCCGUCGUCGCCGGCGCCUCGGCCCGCCGCGCCUCCUCCGCCCGUACACCUCGACGGGCCGCCGCUGAAUCGCUUGCCGCACCGGAGCACGACGCCGAGGAUGACGAUGAGCAGGAGCUAGCGCACCACGCCCCCGCUGACGCCAACGCCGCGGCCCUGCACAUGAACGGCGUUGCUGUUGGUGUCGACGCAGCCGGCGCCGCUGCCCUGCUGCUGCCUGCUGUUGAGGCGGCAGAGGAGAAGAAGAGCCACAAGCGCGGGCUGUCUCGGCCGCCGGGGCUGACGGAGGCUCGCGACCGCGAGACGCAUGACGAGCUGCGCGCCUGCGACGACUGGCGGGAUGUGCUGGAUGUGGUAGCGGACGAGGCGGCGGUGGAGGGGCUCAGCGCCAGGACAAGCGUGCAGGCCCUGACCAAGCUGAACACGCUGACCCGCAACAGCCCCGGCGAGCGGGCCGAGCUCAUUGCGCUGCCGGCCUUUGCGGCGCUCACCAAACUGGUGCUGGACCAGGUUCACGACAUGAACAACAUCCAGCUGUCCAACUCGUUGUGGGCCUUGUCGCAGCUGGGCUGCCGGCUGCCGGCGCCCGACCUGGACGCCUACUGGGCCGCCUGUCUGGACGCCGCGGAGCUGUUCCACCCGCGCGACAUAGCCACACUGCUGGCGGCGGCGGCGGCGCUGCGGGCGGCGCCGCCGCAGCGGCUGCUGGACGUCAUGGGCUUCCGGGCGCGGGCCUUCCUCUCCUCGGGCGAGUUUGAGGCUCGCGGCAUCUCAACGCUGCUGCACAGCUGUGUGGUGCUGGGCUACAUCAACCCGCUGCUGGGCUGGGCGGCGGCGGAGGCGGCGGCGGCGCCAGGGGUCAUGGGCAGCAUGGCGCCGCAGGGCGUUGCCAACACCAUGUGGGCUCUGGGCCGCAUGGGCGUGUACCACCCGCCGGCGGUGGAGGCGGCGCUGGGCGCCUUCCGCGCCUCCGCCUUCGCCUACAAGCCGCAGGAGGUGGCCAACCUGCUGUGGGCGCUCACGGCCUUCAGGCACCACCCCGGGGAGGUGUUUGCGGACUUUGCCAAGAGCCUGCUGGGCCGCCUGGACGAGCUGCGGCCCGCGGACCUGGCCACAGCGCUGUACGCCCUCGCCUACUUCAACACGGCGCCGGGGAGGGCGGUGCUCACGCGCAUCGCCGGCCGCGUGCUUACACUGCUGGAGCAGCGCACGCGCGCGCGCGCCGCCGACGCCGAGGACGCGGAGGACGCCUCUUUCCUACACCCCUCUUCCUCCUCCUGCGCUCCCGAGCUGGCGCCGCGGCUGCGCAAGGCCGGCACGCGCGGCCCUGCUCGUCACGCGAUGCGGUGGCGGCCCGGCACCGUGCUUAACGGCGUGGAGCUGGCGAACCUGUACUGGGGCUUUGCGCUGCUGGGCUCCGAACAGCAGCUGGAGCCGCGGCUGGCGGAGCGGCUGAUGGCAGGACUGGAGGCGGCGCUGGCGGAGGAGUGGCAGGCGGCCACGGCAGGGGCGACAGGGGCGGCAGGAGCGGCGGCGGCGGCGGCAGGGGUGGUAGGAGCGGGAGCGGCGAAGGAGGAGGCGAAGGCGGAGCAGGGAGAGGAGCUGCCGGCGGCGGCGGCAGGGGCGGAGGAAGCGGAGGCGGGGCCAAGCGGCGCGAAGGCGGCGGGUGCGGGUGCGGCGGCGGCAGGGUUGUUUCCGGACAGCCUUCAGCGCAUGGUGUUCCAGGGCUUCCUGGCGAGUCGGCUGGCCGGCAGCUCCCGGCGGCACGCGUUCAGCCCCCUGGCGCUGGACGCCUUCAAACGCAGCUGGAUGGCCAGCAUGACGGACACGGCGGCGCGGGGGACUGGCGGCAGGAGCAACAAGACGCCGGUCAAGCACGUGGCGGACAUCAUCCACAAACUCAAGGUGUCGUACGACACGCUGCGGCCCACACGCGACGGGCUGGCGGUGAUUGACGUGGCGCUCAAGGCGGGGCCGGAGCGCUACGUGGCCCUGGAGGUGGUGGCGGAGGCCGACACCGCCGCAAACAGCCGCCAGAUGCUGGGGCCCAACGCCGUGAAGCGCCAGCUGCUGGAGAAGAACGGCUGGGAGGUCAGGUACCUGAACGCGGGCGACCUGCUGCGGCUGGACGCCGACACACAGCUGCUGUUCGUGGCGGAGCUGCUCAAGGGCCUGGGGCUCAAGCCGCGCGGCGCAGAGCUCACGGCAGCGCUGGCGGCGGUGCAGGGCGCGGCGGCGGCGCCGGGGGCGGGGGCGAGGGCGGCGCGCGGGGAGCGCGGGGAGGCGGCGGGAGAGGCGGACGGCGGGCGGCGCGUGGCGGCGGGCGGCAGCGGCCGGGCACCCCGGCGGUCAUGAGCGCUCAGCCUGCCCGGCCCGGACUAGGGACAAGGAAGGCGUGGCUGCUGCCUGGCGCCAGCUGCCAGUGGCUGCAGGCAAUCAACUGGGGGAGACAGAUGUGUCCUGACAGGUGCAGACGUCCACAGAGUGUUUGUGUCAAGACUUGUCGGCACAGGACUAGCCGAGGACAGGAACAGAAUGUGGUCGUCGUGUCGUGUGGACCCGGUGGCAGGUCCCGCUGGAUGGCUUUGGUUGUUGGCCAAAUCACUCGAGCCUGCACCGGCACGGAGUGGAGAUUGGAUUCGUGCAGUCAAGGCGUCGGCAUCGGCAGUGCUUAUCACGGCAUUGCUGCCCAGGGUUGACACACGAAUCUGUUAGGGCUGUGGGCAGCGUCACGAGUAUGACAGGGGUAGGCGGGUAGCAGGCGUGCAGGCCAGCAGAUGACGAACUACUGAACAGAACGCUUCAUUUAAGUAAGCGCGAAAUGCGAGGGACACUGCUCGGGUCCUGAAUGAGACCCCGGAAGCUAGGCACCAGGCAUUUAUAGGAAUACUGUGGUAGGCGCUGUGGGCUUGCCACAAGGGAGCCCGAGAGACCCUCUCCCGCGGUCUCCUUCAAAGCGUGAGACUGUUACGGCCCCCCAAUCCAGGGCUAUCCUGUAAAUGCAGCAACGGAGAGCCGCACCUAUCCGGGGUCCCGCCCCCUGGCGGGCUUGCCGGCUGCGGCUGUAUGGUCUGCCAAGCGAGCCGCAUGGCACGGCACGAGCGGUGCUUGGCGGCGCAGGCAGCUGGACAACAACAGCGAGGGGGUAAUUACAUGAAUGCCCCCACUUGUAACGUCGCAUUGCA